AUGUCAUCGAGCCGGCCGGAUCCGCAUAGUCAAGCUCCGGCUCCCACUCCCCAUGCGACGGCACCGGAGAGGACGGGCCCAUCCCUCUUGGCUCCGCCUUCAAUCCCCAAUCCUCACCCCAUGAUCGCCGCCAGCCAGCAGCUCGUCCCGGGUGGAUCACAGCCGGCGUUGAACCCCCGCGCUCAGCUCGAUCGUGCCCCAUCGGUCGGUACCCCCUCUGCGAUGGUGCUGAUCCCCCAUGGCCGAACAGACAGCCGGGAGGGUGCCAUGCUGAGGAGCAGGAUUCUCCCCGAGCUAGGCGGACCUCGUCCAGGCGCGCUAUCCACCGACCCCUACGCCCACAGAGCUCCCUCUAUGCUCAGCGGCGGCUCCUCCUCUCACCCCUCCAAUCCGCGCACCAUCAUGCAUUCCCGCCACGUAUCACUCCCCAAUCUCCACGGCACGACGCCUUCCUGCCCGUCCGGGUGCCGUCACUCGCCGCCCCCGCAGCAGUCCCGUCUCCAGUACAUCCGGCAGCACGCCAAUAUCGACAGUACUAGCGAGGGUUCCCUCCCUAUCAUACGAACACACCCUCCCGCACCGGCAGGCGCGCACCCCCGCCCCGUUCCGCACCCCUACCAAGCCGGUCACAGCGGUCCUGCGCCCAUCCCCAACCCCAUCUAUCGACCUCAUACGUUCGCAGCUACUACCCAGUACGGCGCUGUCACCCCUGCCCCGAUCAUGACGACGACGAAUAUGCGGGAACCCUGCGACGGUCCUCCAGCGCAGUAUGCGAUUUCCGGUCAUCCCUCCUCGGCGUGCUGCUUGUAUCAUGCCAUUGUGCAACUGAGCACGGUCCGGCCGGGAGAGUCACGGGACAACUCGCACGAUCGCAAAUCCGCACGCUCAUUGCUGGCAGCGAAGUAUUGCGGAUUUCUGCGCGCGCAAAGGGCAGAGCUGGCAUUGCUGAAUCAGGCGUCAUUGGGGAGGAUUGAUGCACGUCUCCAGGAGAGUGAACGGCGGGUGCAGCCGGAUGGUGCGGAAAUUGAGAGGCUCGCACGUCGAGUGCGGGAGGGGAGCGCAGAGAAGGAGCUACUCACGCAGCAGUCGGAGCGGCUGCAGGCGUCACUGGCUGCGUCACAGGACUGGAGUGCACAGCUGGAGGCGGAAUUACGGGAGUUGCGGAAGCGUAAGGGGGGACUAGUGGCGACCAGCACGCCGCUCAGGGUCGGAUCGGACGGUAACGGUGCGGAUUCGGACAUCGUCAAAGCGUCGAAGGACCGGUCGACGGAGCUGCUAGCGCAGAAGGUCAAGACGCUAGAAUUACAGCUGCUUAGCGCAAAAGGCACCUACGAGUCGCUUCGGAGACUGAACACGACAUGCCGUGACGACGAGGCGGCGGCGCGGAAAGAAUCCCAACAACUUCGCCUGGAGCUGGAGCAAACCCGCAAAGAUGCGGCGAAGAAGGAGAAGGCGGAAAGGAGGAGGCUCGCUCUGGAGGCGUCCGAGUCGGGCGGUCCGGCGAAGGAGGAGGUGGAGCGUGAGCGGAAGCUCAAGGACAUGGUGGACGAGCUGGAUCAGCUGAGGAAGGACAAUGUGGAGCUGUCGACCUGCGCGGCUGCCGACCUAAAGCAAAGAGAUCGGCUCAGGGCGGAGGUCAAGCAGGCCAAGGCGGAGGUCAAGCUACUCGAAGCGGAGGUCAAGGAGGCGGAGAAGGCGAAGAAGUCUAAGGGGAUCGCAUACGAGGCGGAGGUGAUCUCGGCGAGAGCCCAAAUGGUGCUGAUCAGACAGGGAGAGGCCGACAAGAAGGAGAUUGAGGGGCUCAAGGCGGAGGUCAAGUCGCUCAAGGAGGCGUUUACAGGGAGGGGCGGUCAGGGGGCGUCUGAGGCGAGCGGGCCGAGCGGGUACGAGUCGCAGCAAAGAGGAAUGAUGGCGGAAUUGGAGCAGUUGCGGAAAGAGAGGGAGGAGGAUCGAAUCUCCGCUGCUGCCGAUGCGAGGAAGAUCAUGAUGCUCGAGGCCGAAAUCAACGACCUUCGAGAGAGGAUCGACGGGCCGUCGGCGUCGGCGAAAAAGCGAAAGGCGGCCGACAUGCGCGAUGACUACGAAAUCAACGAGUAG